CCAAAGACUACAACUCCCAGUGCGCGGUAUUUCUUACGGAAUCUCUGUGUACAGUCAUCCAGACCGCAGCGUUCUGCUUGAUAUGGAGGUGCUAGAGAAAAUGACAGCGGUGUUUCUCGCAUUAUCUGUUUUAUUCUCGAACUCUCUCAGCUCAGUGGCUGCUGCUUUUCAGUUCAAGGCUGUUUAUUGCACGAUAUCUAACAACUGCGACUGUGACUUCCACCCGGACCUUCAAGCAGGGCUGGAGUGGGAGCUGUACCGCAAUGUGUACGGGCAGCACCUCGCUCAGGAGGCCGUGUCGGAGAGGCUGGCUGAGUUCAUCAACGAUGCGAGCCCGGAGAAGCCGCUGGUGCUGUCCUUCCAUGGCUCCUCUGGCACAGGGAAGACCAUGGUGAGCUGGCUGCUGGGGAGGUACCUGUACGGCUCAGCCAUGACCAUCCCCCACGUGCACCGGUUCAUACCCACCCUGCACUUCCCUUACCCACACAGGGUGCCGCAAUACAAGAAGGAGCUGAAGGCCUGGGUGGAGGGGAAUCUCACGGCUUGUGCCCGCUCCGUGUUUGUCUUCGAUGAGAUGGAUAAGAUGCCCCCUGGUCUCAUUGACGUCCUCGUCCCCUUCCUGGGGUCGUCCCACGUGGUCUACCAGACCAACUACCGCAAGGCUAUCUACGUCUUCAUCAGCACCGCCGGUGAGGAGCAGAUAAACCGAUUGGCUCUGGAGGCGAGGCGGGCCGGCCGCGACCGGGAGGAAAUCCGAUUGGAGGAGCUAGAGGACGCCAUUGCACAGGCAGUCUUCAACAACAGCUGCAACGGGUUGUAUCACUCGGAGAUUAUCCAGGAGAAGCUGGUCGACUGCUUCGUGCCCUUCCUGCCCCUGACUCGCCGUCACGUGGAGCGCUGCGUACGCCGGGAGCUGUGCCUGCGUGGGCAAUGCCACCGUCGUGACAUCAUCGAGGCAAUCACAGGGGCCAUGACCUUCUCCCCCGAGAGAGAGCGGCUCUUCUCACACAGCGGCUGCAAGACUGUACCCGCCAAGGUCAACUACUACCUCUGAGAGUCUGCAACAGCAACAAGAAGCUUGGAAGAACCUGAGAGCAGCAAAAGAGCCUUGUCUGUCUACUGGGCGUGCAUUCCGGGAUGAAUUCAGUGCCUGUGAAUGGUGGUCUCCAAAUGGAGGGUAAAACACAGUAAUUUCAGCGCACCAGCGUGCAUCUCAGUUCAGUCCCCCCAGAAUAGAGCCAGGGAAUACUGUUAUUGGUGCAUAACAGCCUGUGAAUCACUGAGCUGAAACUUUGCAUGUAAACUGGAAUUUGAAAGACAGUACCCCAGUCACAGAGUUUGGGGUCAUGGUUUGCCUCCCCAUGUCAGCUGUGCUCUCCAGCAAAGCACAAUUCUGCAAAAUAUUUGUUAUGCUUUUAUGACCCUAUGAUAUACAUUGUUAAUCAUCAUUUAUUACUGUUUUUCCGCACUUAGAUAUUUGGCAUGUUUAAUAAAAUCCCCAGCAUAUUUAAUAUUUAUUUUUCAUUGCAAAUCUUUUUAACAAAUAAUUACCUUAGUUCUACUUUAUACAUAAAAUAUGAUGAUGACUUAAACAUGCCAAAUAUGAACAAGUGCAGAAACAGUAAUAAGUGAUGAUUAAGAACACAUGUCUAACUAAUAAAAAGAAAAAGCUAAUUCAGAGGUCUAAAGUAUUCCUUUAAUAAAGUAGAACUACUAAGGCAAUCGUGUUUGCUACAAAAUAAUCUUUGUAACCAACUGUGCCUGCAGAUGUAGACAUAAUUAAAAUGGUUAACUAGCUUUUUCUAAAAUUGAAAAACGACUCUGCUUCACCUUUUCUAGAUAUGAAAACCCAUGCAAAACAGUGCUUCUCUGGGAUCUAAUACAAAGGUAACAUCAUUUUGUAUAGUGCCUUUUAAGACUGUCUUCUCAAAGGGGAUUUAUAGCUAAUCAAUAGGAAUGGUAAAAAAAUAACCUAUAUAAAACUACAGCCAAUCAAAGCUGCCGCAAGAAUAAACAAGUGAAUGCUUCAGUAUUAAAUGUGUAGUUCCUAAGGGUUUGAAGUCUAUUUUAGUAGCCUGAGUACUAUUUUAACUGCCGCAGAACCAGUUCAUCAGCAUUGACAUCUUUAUCAAUGCAGAAAUCAUGCAACGCUGUGCGAGAAUGCCACAUGCAGACAGCCCUAGACAUGUUUCAUGUAAGUGGAUGAGGAGCAGAUGUGUUGCAUUAAAUGGAUAAUAUUUUGUUAAUAAAUGGUUUGAAAUAAAUUGUUAAACUUCGCUCCUGUACUGUGAGAAUAGGAACAAAGCGGUGGUUUUAUUUUAAAUUAAACUGCAAAAUACUGUGGGUUAUUUGAUGAUAUUAAUGGGUGUACACUGUACUGUGCUUCCACAUCAUAAAGAGGUAUGGCUAAUGUAAUGCCCCAUAAUGCCAUUACACUAGCACUUGUAUUAUCGUUCUUAGGUGGAACACAGAUUGCACAGUCUCUUACCUAUAGCUCCAGACUAGAGAGCUAUAUAAAGGAGGAGCACUUUAUUUUGGUUUCAGUAGAAAGUUCCUCCUGUUGCUCACAACGUACAGUAGCAAGGGAAUGGUUGUAGUUUAAUACUUGCUUGUAACACCUUGCUACUUCAUAAAGUAUAGCCAGUCAUAUCCAGUGUGUCUGUGGAGGAUUAGUGUCAACAUGCCCCGACAGGAUGUACAAUGCAUAUAAACUUACUGAAUGAUCAGGGGGAAGUGAAAUAGGGUAUGGACUCUAAUUUAGUUGUAGGGUUACAGCUGUUUUUAAUGCAGCAUUAAAACUAGUUAUUUGAAACUCUUGUGAGCGCUUUAGAAUUGCAAUCUACUCGGCUUGAUUUGCAUGGGUGCGUUAUGGAAAAAUUAAGGUUAUUACAACUCCUGUUAGGGUUUUGCCAGCAGGUGGUGCAGUUGUCUUAUAGAGGCACAUGUGCAUUAGAUUUGAGGCGAUGUUUGAUGUCUCAAAUCCAGGGGGUACCUCCUGCUUUUAUAAUUCAAAUAUAGAUAUUUGGUUCUGUAAUAUAUUAAAUGUAAAUUCAUAUUUAGAAAUAUAUUUUACAUAUAGCCCUGACAUGUGUUAUAUCACGUGUGUAUCUAUCUAUCUAUCUAUCUAUCUAUCUAUUUCAGAUUGAUGCUUCCUUUUUUUCAUUUUACACUGGGCUGUAGAGUGACAGGGAUAGAAAUGUGCAGGGAUGGAAAUGAGAUGCAUAAUGCAUAGCAGUUUCACCCAUUCUGGGUUUUACUAGGAGCUUGAUUAGCCCCAGUGUUUAGGUAACAAGCUCAGGAGUGUCUUAUUAAACCAGGAACUGCUAUGCAAUAGGAGUCUUAUUUCCAUCCCUGCUGUGCAGCCCAGUGGUUAGUGGACUGGGAAGCAGUGUGGAAAUAUAUUUUAUUUUAUAUUGAGUUAUAUUGAUACAUUUUAUAAGAUUUGUAAUGUAAUUCCCACUGUUAAUGUAUGCAUAUGCUUUUUAUGCAAUUAAUAAGCAUUGUUACAUGACCAUUGGUGUAUGCAUUAAUAUGUGUGUGUGUGUGUGUAUUUAAUUAUAUUUGAAUGUGUGCUUGAAUGUGGAUUUGAAUGUGUGCUUUUGUGUUUUAUAAGACCGUGGAAUGUAAGCUUCCCAAACAAUGAAGCCCAGAACAAAAAAGAUGUGUCCGGUUGUCAUUAUCAAUGCGAGGCUAUCUCUCUCAGCUCUGAGUGGGCUCUCUGUGUGCCUGUUGGUUUGUGCGUGUCUCUGUGUGGCAGAGAGGAGAGGGCCAGGCAGCUGUGGUGCCAGCUGUGUGCCAGUGUGUGAGAUCACCCUGGUUUGGGGGGAGGGGUCCUUCAAUGAUAUUUGUUCGUCCGUAACAUUUAUUCUGUACCAUUUGAAGGAGAUGGUUUAAAGCGCUGUAAUAAUUAUAGAUUUACCAGCUCAUAAACACCAUUCAUAAACAAGUUCUUGUUAGCAUUCACAUCAUUAUCACAGAUCUUUAUUGUGCUCUUUUCUUGUGUUUUUUCUUUCAUUUUAAUUGGGACUAUGCAGCUUCCCAUUGUUAAAAAUGAAAGUUUAGACUUCCUUUUUCCUGGUACCAUAACACUUCCUGUGACCAAUGUGCCAUGUGACAAAGUAAGUAAAAGUGUACCAGGAAACAGUUUAAAUUUUACAAAACUAUAAAGUGGCUCUUGAUUUAAAAAAAAAUCAUAACCACAAUUUAAACAGAAAAUUGUCCAAACACAAAGCUAGGGGACUAGUGACAAUGUUGCCAGUGUUAGUAGGAGGUCAUUGAUUCUGAAGCCUUGGUUAUCAUUCCCUUAAAGUGAAAGAAAACCCAAAAUGUCAAUGAAAUGAAGAAUAAGGAAUGACCUCAAAACAUGCAUUUUACAUAUGCUAUGUGAUAUGUGCAUACGUUUCUGGAAAUUUGAAUUCCAGCAAGUUCCAGGCUUAAUUAUUAUUAUUAUUAUUAUUAUUAUUAUUUAUUUCUUAGCUGACGCCCUUAUCCAGGGCGACUUACAAUUGUUACAAGAUAUCACAUUAUUUUUACAUACAAUUGCCCAUUUAUACAGUUGGGUUUUUACUGGAGCAAUCUAGGUAAAGUACCUUGCUCAAGGGUACAGCAGCAGUGUCCCCACUGGGGAUUGAACCCACAACCCUCCAGUCAAGAGUCCAGAGCCCUAACCACUACUCCACACUGCUGCCCUGAAUAAAGAAAGGUUUAGUCAACAUUAAAGAUAUUUUUUGUCGAAAUAUGGUGUUUUUUCUUUCUUUUGUUAUAACUGAAAAACAAGGGGUCCUUUUUAUGAAAUGCACGAAAACAUACCUAUUGUAUUGGAAGUCCUGUCAUUCUUAUAGCUUGUGUUAGUGUCCUGGACAAUAGUAUUGUAGUGUUUCUGUUUAGGCUUUUGUGUUUUGUAGCUUUUUAAAAAUCUGUACAGAUGUCCUAUUUAAAUAAACUGCACCUUUUUAA